UUUCCUGAUAACCAGAAAAAUAUUAUACUGUAUCAUCCGGGAGCAUUCAUACCCAUAUAACUCAGCACUCUCAUUCUUUUGGCAAUUCAUCGGUGAAUCACUUACAUCUAUGUAUAGCUGAAAUGAGUCGAAUUUCCUAUACUUCUCACCCUGAAAUCUUUGCUCGUUGAAGUUUGAACCUUUGACUCUUGCUCAGCAGCUCUCCGAUGUCUUCUUCGCCUUUUCCGAGAGCUCCUCACUCAUCUUGGACACAAAAUAGUACAAAUAAUGGCACAAGGCCAUUACGCCCUCAGUUUCAUGUACUUGAUGUGCCUCCUCUUAAUUGUGUUCCAUACUCUGGUCCACAUCCAGGCUCCGCUUCAACACCAAUAGAUAUAGAUGGCAUUCCAUCACCAAGAGUUAAUUCCAGGCCUCCCAUUGUUAACCACCCUGCUAUGGUAUUUAUGCCUUCUUGUACAACUAAUGAAGAGUGGAGCAACAUUGUAGCUGCUACCAGAAGUGGAAUUGUACUGUCCGGAAGUGCUGCAUCGGGAAAGAUGGGAUCACCUAUAGGAGCUGUAGACGUUGGUGAAUCUGAGGAUAAAUAUAUAUUUCGUGUAGCACUACCAGGUGUCUCAAGGGUUGAAAACACUUUCACUUGUGAUUUUGAACCUGAUGGGAAAGUGAUGAUUAAGGGUAUUUCAUCAACCGGCGAACAAACAGUUCAGAAGCAGAACAUGUUAUUUAUAAUGCUAUCACAAAAUUUGUGUCCGCCUGGUGAAUUCUCCAUCUCAUUCCAGCUACCAGGGGCAAUUGAUCAUCAGCAAGUAAAAGCUGUUUUUGGAAUUGAUGGGAUUUUUGAAGGAGUUGUGAAGAAAAGACAACCAAGUAGUUUCUGAAUUGGUUGAGUUCUCUGGUCCAAAAAACACGACUUGAUAGAACGACGCGGGAAGGAUUAAAUGACCUGAUUAGCGGAUUGGUCGAAAGAACCAAUUAGACUAAAAGUGGGAAUUGAGCAUAUUGAUUGAUCAUGGUUUUACCAUCUUUCGUCCCUUAGACUAGACUUGCAUUCUCGCGGUGUCUGCUUAGUUACUUUUCUCUCUUUGUUCAUCUUUUAUAUUUUUGUUUAUUUGUUUUCUUUUUUCAUGCAUCGUUUCUUGCGUAGUUCUAAAUCUGUAGGAAAUCAUCAAGUUUUCAAGAUUGGGGAUGUUUAACUGUAUUUUCAAACGAUCAUCUUGUGAAAAUAUGAAUAGGGCGUAUGUACGCUUGAUGAACACGAGGAUAUGCAUUCAAAAUGAGAUUUUAUAAACAACUCUGUAAGCUUGACUGAUAAUUUACAUAAAAGCAUAUC